UGCCGGCACUUGGCGCGAGCCUCCAGGCCCGGCGCGGUGGUCGUGACUGCAAGCAGCCCUGCAGGGAGUCGCCGCUGGAGAGGGGCUGGGCGCCCGGCGGGGACUGCAGGCAAUGACUCAGGAUGCAGCCAGGGGCCACGACGUGCACGGAGGACCGUAUCCAACACGCCCUGGAGCGCUGUUUGCACGGGCUCAGCCUCAGCCGCCGCUCCACCUCCUGGUCAGCUGGGCUGUGUCUGAACUGCUGGAGCCUACAGGAGCUGGUCAGCAGGGACCCAGGUCACUUCCUUAUCCUCCUUGAGCAGAUCCUGAAGAAAACUGGAGAGGUCCAAGAGAAGGGCACCUAUGACCUCCUCGCCCCCCUGGCCCUGCUCUUCUACUCUACUGUCCUCUGCACGCCACACUUCCCGCCUGACUCAGAUCUCCUUCGGAAGGCAGCCAGCACCUACCACCGGUUCCUGACCUGGCCUGAUCCCUACUGUAGCAUCUGCCAGGAACUGCUCACCUUCAUUGAUGCUGAACUCAAGGCCCCAGGAAUCUCCUACCAGAGGCUAGUGAGGGCUGAGCAGGGCCUGCCCACUAGGAGUCAACGCAGCUCCACUGUCACCGUGCUAUUGCUGAACCCAGUGGAGGUGCAGGCUGAGUUCCUUGCUGUGGCCGACAAGCUGAGCUCACCCGGACACUCGCCCCAUAGUGCCUACAUCACUCUGCUGCUGCACGCCUUCCAGGCCACCUUUGGGGCCCACUGUGACCUCCCAGGCCUCCACUGCAGGCUGCAGUCCAAGACCCUGGCAGAGCUUGAGGACAUCUUCAUGGAGACCGCAGAGGCACAGGAGCUGGCAUCUGGCAUCAGGGAUGCAGCUGAGGCCCGGCAGUGGCUCAGGACCAAGCUGCAAGCGGUGGGAGAAAAAGCCGGCUUCCCUGGCGUCUUAGACACUGCGAACCCUGGCAAGCUCCACACCAUUCCCAUCCCUGUGGCCAGGUGCCACACCUACAGCUGGAGCCAGGACAGCUUCGACAUCCUGCAGGAAAUCCUGCUGAAGGAACAGGAGCUGCUCCAGCCGGGGGUCCUGAGGGACAAUGAAGGGGAGGAAGAAGAGGAGGACGAGGAGGACUUGGACACCGAUGGGCACUGUGCCCAGAGGGACUCUCUGCUCUCCACCAGCUCAGAGGCCUCAGGCGACUCUGCCCUGUCGCUGGCCUCCUCCCAGGCCUCAGGGCCUGCCCUCUCCAGCCAGUUGCUGACCUCCUUCGUCUCCUGCCUCUCCGAUGGCAUGGACAGCGGGUAUGUGGAGGACAGCGAGGAGAGCUCCCCCGAGUGGCCCCGGAAGCCCAGCAGACAGGAGCGCCAGGGCCACCGCAGGCCCGGGCAGAAGUUCAACAGGAUCUAUAAACUCUUCAAGAGCACCGGCCAGCUGGUGCUGCGGCGGGACUCGCGGACCCUGGAGGGCAGCGCGGACUUGGGCCUCCCACUACGGCGGGCUGAGAGCCUCUGCAGCCCCCUAGACGGCCUGGGCCUGCUCCCUGCCCGAGCCCAGCGCUCCCUCUCUUUGCCCCCGGCCAAGCUUAGCGCCCAGCUGCCCAGCUGGCUCCUGGCCCCCGCCUCACGCCGCCAGCCCCGCCGACCCUUCCUCAGCGGGGACGAGGACCCCAAGGCCUCCACCCUCCGUGUCGUGGUCUUCGGCUCAGAUCGGAUUUCGGGCAAGGUGGCACGGGCAUAUAGCAAUCUGCGGCGGCUGGAGAACAAUCGCCCUCUCCUCACCCGGUUCUUCAAGCUGCAGUUCUUCUAUGUGCCUGUAAAGAGGGGCCAGGGGACUGGAUCCAGUGCCUGCCCAGUGUCUCCGAGCCAGACACCCCCAGUCCCUACGGACUCACCAAGGCACCCCAGCCCUGCACAGCUGGACUCAGUCCCCUGGGAGGAGAGCACCAAUGACAUCUCCCACUACCUUGGCAUGCUAGACCCCUGGUACGAACGCAACGUGCUGGGCCUCAUGCACCUGCCCCCUGAAGUCCUAUGCCAGCAGUCUCUGAAGCCGGAAUCGCGGCCCCUGGCGGGAUCUGCCGCCCCGCUGCCCAUCCUGGCCGACAUGCUGCUCUACUACUGUCGCUUCGCCGCGCGGCCAGUGCUGCUGCAGGUCUACCAGACGGAGCUGACCUUCAGCACAGGGGAGAAGACCACGGAGAUCUUCAUCCAGUCCCUGGAGCUGGGUCACUCUGCUGCCACCCGGGCCAUCAAGGCUUCAGGUCCUGGCAGCAAGCGGCUGGGUAUUGAUGGCGAACGGGAGGCCGUCCCUCUAACACUACACAUUAUCUACAGCAAGGGGGCCAUCAGUGGACGGAGUCGCUGGAACAAUAUGGAGAAGGUCUGUACCUCUGUCAACCUCAGCAAGGCCUGCCGGAAGCAGGAAGAGCUAGACUCCAACAUGGAGGCCCUGACGCUAACCCUGACAGAGGUGGUAAAGAGGCAAAACCCCAAAUCCAAGAAGGGCUUCAACCAGAUCACCACGUCGCAGGUCAAAGUGGAUAAGGUUCAGAUCAUCGGCUCCAACAGCUGCCCCUUCGUGGUGUGUCUGGACCAGGAUGAGAGGAAGAUCCUACAAAGUGUGGUCAGGUGUGAGAUCUCACCCUGCUACAAACCAGAGAAGAGCAGCCUCCGCCCACCACCCCAGAGGGCCACCUACCCGCUGGCCCAGGCCUCACCUGACCUCUGCUCCCUCCUCUGCCUGCCCAUCAUGACUUUCAGCGGAGCUCUGCCCUAGUGUGGCCUCGGUGCCAGGCUGGACAGGAAACCCUGAGGCAGCCUCCUCUGAGCCCCCACUUCCCGCCGCCCACAUUUGGUGAUGAAGGUCUUGCUCCCUGUGGAGAACUGGAUAGCACUGCACUGGGCCAGGGUCCUGCUUUGGGUGCUGCAACAGGCAGGGGACAGGAGGUAGAUGGUUUCUGGAGCCUCAGGCUUUAGGGCUCUCCUUGGAAAGAACUAGGCAGUGGGGAGAGAGAGGCUCAGCCAUGCAGUCCCUUAGAUUCCUCAGGGUGGAUGGGAAGGGACAGGUGGGCUAGUUACCAUGGGCUAGGAUGUUGUCUAGAGGAAAGAUCUGAGGCUCUGGGGCAUGGUGUAGGCCUCCUCUUCGAACCGUUGUUUGAGCUCAUCUCUUAUUUCGUCAAAGACGUGGGGAACCCUUUGUGUCUGGAAUUCUGUCCCCUCUACUCUGAGACUCAGAAGGUAGAAACAUUGACGAGAUUUUUCUUUCUUAACCUUCAGUACUUCUCUCUCUUUCACACAUAGACACACACACACACUCAGACUGACGUGUACACCCACAUAUACAAGCACACAUGCAUACACACACACACGCACACAAUUUCUCUCAUGUUCCCUGGGUCUUCUGAAAAACAGCACUAACACUUUACCUGUCUACUGUCAGGACCUGGUACAGAUUCUCUCUUGAGGCCCUUUCUGGAUCUAUCUCUUGGGAGAUAGGACAGGCUUAAAUUCAGUAGUGGUUCGGUUGCUUUCUAGCUAAAUGACCAGAAGGAAGUUAAUUAGCUUCUUUCCACAGCACUAAAAUGGGAGAAAUAAAACCUUUUUAAAGGGUUGAAAAAAGUCCCUAGGUAGCAUGAACUGUUUGCACUCAGCUGCUCACUGACAGGUUAGCAGUUCAAACCCACCCAGCGGCACCAGAGAAGAAAGGCCCGUUGAUCUACUUCCAUUAAAGAUUACAGCCAAGAGAACCCUAUGGGGCAGUUCUGCUCAGUAACACGUGGGGUUGCCAUGAGUCAGAAUCCCCCUGACGGCAAUGGGUUUGGUUUGAUUUUUGGAAAGGAUUGAAAAAAGAUUAUCUGCAGAGCACCUAACCCAGUGCCUAGCUCACAGGAGGUGCUCGGUAAAGAUUAGUGGAAGUACCCAUUGAAUGCUGGUUCCUUCUGUCUUGGGCCACAUAAUACUCUCAUUGUCUCUGGGAUGCCCUUCGUUUACUCCUUUUCAUUUCACUGAUGAGGGAGAACCAAGACAGAGGGGGUGAGCAGUGGUCACUUUUACCAUCCAAAGGAGGAAUUGCCUUUGUUGGGGUGAUGGGGGUUGCUCAGGUGCCUCCACCCUUCAAUCCUUCUCUACCAGGUUGGCCCAAGAACGCCCUAUGCCCACCUCACUCCUUUGACUGGUGCACACUGCAUGCAGACUCAUCCAACCCCAAAAGUUCACUGGUGCUAUUCUGGUGUGUAGGCAAGACGGUAGAGGAUGGAAGGCCUGGCCUUACGGAGCUUCGUGCCUGGUUGGGGAAAAUGGAACUCAUGCAUGGGAAAUGACCAUCACGAGAGCCUGGCAUUAAAUCCUCCAGGUUGGAAUGGUUGGAGAAGUUGAACCAAAUGGGGUUAGGAUGAUAGGGCAGGAUUUGGGGCCAGGAUUUGGACUGGUAGAGGUGGGGAAAGUAGCCAUGGAAGCAUAAAAUUGUCUCCUGCACAAAGGUCCUCCUUUCUUUUUCAUCCUGCUCCAAAGGUCCUGGGCUUCUAGGAGCCCAUGUAAUCACAGCCCAGAGUGCUCAUAACUUGAGAUAAGUGGACAGAGCCAGCUCCUACCUUUUAUCACCAUUCCUCCCCUUUCCUAACCAUCUGUACUGGCUCCAGGCUCUGGAAGAGUGGUCUGCCCUGUACCUUUGAUAUUUUCUUGUGUGGGUUGGUUGUCCUGCUACAUGUUGAGCAGGUAUCCAAGAAUAAACGAAUGGAAUUUAAUAUUAUUGUCAAAUAAAACAUGACUAGUCUUGAUUUAAUGACCUACAGUUAUUUUGCUGCAUGACAAUUAACUGCUAGUUGGAUGUCACCUCAGAUGUAGCAGAAGUAAGAUUCUUGGGGGGUUAUGUAUUUAUCUUAUUUGCAAUUUUCCACUCUGUAGCAAAGAUAUGGUCCUAAAAUUUUCCCUGACACCCUGUUCCAAACUUACCCACAGAACAAAUAAUCCUGUAUCUAAGGACUCAAUACUUGGGAUUGUGUCACCUCACUUGAGAAAUAUAAGCACAUAUAUACAGCUGCCCCCAGUAACCCAAAGCCUCAGGGGAAGGAUGGUCCUGAGGCUGUUGUUGCUGAUGGGUGGUUCAGAGGACCCUGAACCUACCAUGCUGCUGAGAGGAAGUAAAAUGAGUGCUAUGAUGGCCCUCUGGAUCUGGGGCUUUUUCUAGACUUGGCUCAUAAGGAAGGAAGAAGAGGUGGAGGAGAACAUUUGUAGGUACACACCAGUUUCCCAGAACAACUAUUCAUGAUGGAGGGAGUACUGUGAGAUACUCUAACUCUGCAUCAGCUAGCUCUUGCAAACAAUAAACCACCCCUAAAACUCAGCGGAUUAAGAUUUUGAUAAUUUAUCCUUGCUCAUAUGAAAAAAAAAAAAGACAUCUAGGGUCACCUGAUCUAGGCUGGGCUCAGAGUGACUUGGCUGCACAACACAGGUUGGGUUCAGGUCUUCUCUGUGUGUCUCUCAGAUUCCAUGGACCAGCAUGCUAGCACAAGAGAUCAAGCAGAGACAUGUGAUGCCUCCCAGGUCCUGGGCCUAGAGCUUGCACACUAUGGCUUCUGCCAACAUUGGCCAAAAUUUAUGAAGCACAUCAACCCGUAGAUUCUAGAAGCACAGCAUACCUCGUACAGGGUAAAAACAAAAUCAAAUGAGGACACUUCACCUCUGUAGGAUUCUUUCCAAAAACCCCUGACGACAGUCUAAUUGUGAGAAAAACAUCAGACAAACCCAGAUUGUGGGACAUCCUACAGGACACCUGACCAGUUUCCGUUAGAGUGCCAAUAUCAUGAAAAAUAAGGGAAGACUGAGAAACUCACAGACUAGCUGGAAAUGUGACAGGAAUUUCUGGGAGUUGAGACAUCCAUAGGGGUUUGAUAAGCUGUUCGUGUAUCCUGGGUUGACUGGAGGCUGUGCAAAUGCUCGUCAGGAACCAGAUUGGGCCCAAGCCAUCUAAACAUCCCUGGCUGAUGGAGCCUAACACACAUGCUGAGGAUAUACAAGGGAGAAAUGAAAAGAAGAAAAUGUGACCCAUGCUUAGGAAUUAAAAUGCAGUCAAUAGAAACUUUUUCUGCGUGUCCCCAGAUGUUUAAUUUAGUAGAUGAAGGCUUCAAGCAGCUAAUAUAAGUAUGUAAAAAAAAAAAAGAAAAAAAAAACUAGAAAAUUUAAGGAAAAUAUGGUGACCAUGACUCAAUGAAUAGAGACUCUCAAUAAAAUUUUAAAAAGAACAAUAAGAAAUUCUGGAGUUGAAAAGUACAAUAACUGAAAUGAAAAAUUUGCUAGAAUGGCUCAGUAGCAGAUUUGAAAUGACAAAAGAAGGAAUUGGUGAACUUUAAGAUAUAUCAAUAACUAUCCAGUCUGAAGAACAUAAAAAAAAAAAAAAAAGAUGGAAGAAAAAUUAACAAUAGUCUCAGAGACCUGGGGGGCAAGAUGGCAAAGUGAAUAGAGACUUCCAUCCACUCCCCCAGCAACUAACCCACUGAACACCGAGUACAAACAAGCACAGACUGAGAUCACAGAACUCCAGAUGGCAGCUGAGGUGUGGGAGAGUAGGGAUGAGUCCAAAAACAGGAGAGAGGAGGAACAGGGGUGGCACAGAAGCUGGCAGAGCCAACUUGCUAACAUUGGGAGUGCUCUCUCAUUGCGGCCAUUUUGGGAUGGGGCUGGGUAACACCCCAAACAGGGGACACAGAAAAGGAGCUAAUCUGAGGAAGCCGUAGCCCAGUUUUUUUUAAGGUGGCACAAACUGGCUGUGGGAGUUCGCGGGUUAUACAGUUGGGAGGGGGAAAAGGGACACUGUGGUGCUGCAAGAGAGUGCUGUUGAUUCUCACUGAGGCCUGAGACAGAUGGGGAGUAGGACUGGGAGGAACAGUAGGGCAGUAAGGUGAGGGGAAUACUUCAAACUGACGGGGCAAUACAGAAGGAAGCAGCCCACAGCGGGGCUGACUCAUAGUGACCCUGUGGAGCAGCCUGGAGCUGCUCUGUGGGGUUCUCAGGCUGUGAGUCUUUGUGGAGGGGGGCUACUGCAUCUUUGUCCAGUAGAGUGUCUGGUGGAUGUAGGCUCUGGCCUUUGGGUUGGCAGUUGAGCACUUGACCUCUGCACCACCAGAGUGGUCAAUCAGGAAAAUUUCCCCAAAAACCAGAAGGACCAGUCAAAAAUAAAACAUGAAGAAGAGGAAAUUUCUCCUGUGGAGGCCAGAAUGGUGCAAAGGAUUGAUACUUUUCCAAAUAUGGUGCCAAAUAUGUUUAAAGAAAACAAAAAUACAUAGAAAACAAAUUAGAGGAGAUCAGGAAGCAAAUGGAGGAACAAAAUGAGAGACUCAACAAGGAAACUGAAAACAUAAAAAAAAAAACAAACAAACAGAACUACUGGAACUGAAGAAUAAAACAACUGAAUUAGAAAAUGUAAGAAGGACACUCAACAAUAGAGUCGAACAGACAGAAGAGAGAAUAAAUGAAUUAGAAGACAAAAUAACAACUUAUAAAAUCUCCAGACAAGAGAAAAGAGCAAAGAAAAACAAACAAACCCAAAAGGAAGCAUAGGAUUCAAUUAAGAAAUCUAACAGAAUUAUUGGAAUUCCAGAGCAACACGACAACAAUAAAGGCAUAGAAAUGAUUUUCCAAGAGAUAACCAAAUUUCCCAGAUCUGAGCAGAGAACCAAGUUUACAAAUUCAGGAAGCUACAAAAUUCCAAUUAAAAGAGACACAAAAAAGAUCAACUCCAUGCCGUGUCUUAAUAAAAGCCCUGAAAGUCAAAGACAAGGAGAGAAUUCUCAAAGCAGCAAAGAAAAAUGCACUACGAUAUACCAGAUAUACUAGAGGCCCGAAGACAAUGGAGCAUCACAUAUAAAAUACUGAAAGAAAGCAAUUACCAACCAAGAAUUCUUUACCCAGCAAAGUUUUCUUUCGAAAACAAGGGGGAAAUCAAAACAUUCCCAAACAAACAGAAGUUCUGUGUAUUUGCCACCACCAGACCAGCUCUGCAAGUAUUACUCAAAGGAAUACUCCAAAUGGAAAGGCAAGCCCAUUAAAUAAAUUCUCGUAUCUCUACAUGGAAAAAAUAAACAAAAGAUAGAAGAGAGAGAGAUCUCCAAUAAAUGCAACAGCAUGGACAAUCAUAAGGAUAUUUUCAGGGAAUAAACUCAAUAAUUAAAUCCCACAAACAAUAUAACAUCAAGUUUGUAAGAAAUAAGUACAAAGUACUUAUCAAAUAUAGGUUGCAUAUUGAUGUUAAUGGGGACAAACUAACAGAAAUGCGGGAGGCACUAGCAUAUCAAGAAUAGAUUUAUUGUGUUAAGGUUGUAUGUUAACUGUUGUUCAUAUGUUAAAUAUUGUUGCAAUUUUAAUUGUGUAAUGUAACUCAUGUGGUAACUGCUAAGAAAGUACCAAGAAGAAACAUUCAGAAGAAAAGAAGGAAGUUAGCAAAUAGGCGCAUCAUAAGAAAGCAGCCAAAUCCAAACAAAGAUGAUAUGAAGCACUGAAUAAACUAAUAGCAAAAUGAGUGAGGCAGCACUUCAUUUUCAGUAAUAACCUUAAAUGUAAAUGAUGUAAACACCCCAUGCAAAAGGCAGAGAGGGGCAGAAUGGAUUAAAAAACAUGAUCCAUCCUUUUGCUGUCUAUAAGAAACACACUUCAGACAUAAGGAGACAAAUGGACUGAAAAGGAAAGAGAAAAAUAUUCCAUGCAACCAGUAAACAAGAAAGAGCAGGGGUGGCUGUACUGAUAUCGUAUAAAAUAGACUUUAAUUAAAAUCUAUUACAAGAGAUAAAGAAGGACAUGACAUAAUAAUAAAAAUGUCAAGCCAACAAGAAUACAUAAGAAUUAUAAAUAUAUAUGCACCCACCAGCAAUGCUCCAAAAUACAUGAAAUGAAUACUGACUAAUAUGAAAGGAGAGACAGACAACUUCAUAGUAAUAGUAUGGGACAUCAACACAUCACUUUCAAUUACAGACAGAACAUUUAAAAAGAAGAUCACUAAGGACAUUAAGAACUUAAAUAAAACCAUAAGUCAGUUGGACCUAACAGACAUGUAUAGCAUACUUCACCCAACAUCAGAACAAUAUACAUUCUUCUCUAGCAUACAUGGAUCAUUUUCCAGAAUAGAUCAUACGCCAGGACAUAAAACAACUCUCAACAAAUUAAAAAAUAUUGAAAUCAUACAAAGCAAUAGCAUCAUCUCUGACCACAGUGAUAUGAAGCUAGAAAUCAACAACAGGAAAAAUAAGGAAAAUAAAUAAAUAAAUACACAGACAUGAAAUAAUACACUAUUAAAAAAACUAUUGGGUCAUAGAAGAAAUCAAAAGUGAAAUUUUAAAAUUCCUAGAAUCAAAUAAAAAUGAAAACACAAUAUAUCAAAACCAUUGGGACACAGCCAAAGUGGUACUCAGAGGGAAAUUUAUAGCAAUAAAUACCUACAUUAAAAAAAAAAAAAAAAAGAUCCAGAA